UCCAACGCUGGGAGUAUAACUACGAGAGUCACGGUACUGGUGAUGGUCGGUACGCAUCGUUGACGUCGCCCAUAGUAUCCUGUGCAGAGUCCAGAGCCCGUUCUCCCUUCGUGUUGAGCUGACAGUCAACAAUGCGCCCGCUACAGAGACUCGGGCACGCACCAACGACCUUCCCUCUCCUGCUCUCCCUCCUCUCGGGGGCACUACCCGCCACCCGUGCAGGAGACUUGCCCGGGAACUAUUCGACAUGGAUGGCCACCAGCAUCAUGUCGCGCAGUCAGGGCGUCCUCGGUGGCCCCGGCGACGCCUCACAGCUCCUCCAGGCAGGCUUCACCCAGAAGGCCUUCCACCAGCUGCUCUCCACUUCCGCACGUAACGACGCGCUGUCCGACUCGCUCGCAGCGUACGUCCAGCGAUCCGUGGACUCCGUCACGAGCGUCCUCGCGAACGCCUCGCACGACACGGCCUACCCGCUCGACCGGCUCUCCAGCGGCGACGCGCUCCUCCGCGCGUACGCGGACACCGGGAACGCGUCCUACGGCGCCGCGCUCGCCGCGCUCCAAACCUCCGUCGGCCUCCAGCCUCGGAACGCGGCGGGCGGGCUGUGGUACUACGUGUACCCGAACUGGUCGUACCUCGACGGGAUGUACUCCUACGCGCCCUUCAGCGCGGCGUACGCGACGCAGCACGGCGGGGCCCUGCGACCCGCCGCUGCGAACAUCACACACCAGCUCGACCUCCUCUGGGCGCACUGCUACGACGCCGCGACGGGCCUGCUGGUGCACGGAUACGACGACGCCAAGACGGCCGUCUGGGCGGAUCCCGUCACGGGCGCGAGCCCGCACGUCUGGGGCCGGAGCCUCGGGUGGUACGCCAUGGCCCUCGUCGAUACGCUGGAGACCCUCCAGGGCCCGCUCGUGGGCGCUGGCGUCGAUGCAGGGGCGUGGCGGCAUCUGCACGACAGGUUCGGGACGCUGGCGGGUGCGAUAGCGCGCGCGGCGGACCCCGCGACGGGAGGGUGGUGGCAGGUGCUCGACGCGCCGGGGCGAGAGGGCAACUACGUCGAGAGCAGCGGGAGCGCGAUGCUCGCGUACGCGCUGCUCAAGGGUGUCCGGCUCGGCUUCCUCGGCGGGGGCUUCAGCACAGGCGGCGCGGGGAACACGUCUGGCUCCGAGUCGGUUGGGAACGCGUCGUACGUGGACGUCGCGAGCCGGGCUUACCAGUACGUUGCGGAGACGUUCGUCGUCAACGAUGGCAACGGGACGCUGGGGUACAAUGGGACGGUGUCUGUGUGCAGCCUGAACUCGACCGCGUCGUACGAUUAUUAUGUCGGCCAGCCAAUCCUCUACAACAGUGUUCUAGGUUCGGCUGCAUUCGUGCUUGCAUCAUUGGAGUACGAACGUCUCGCUGCCGCAUCGUCGUGA